AGGUGGUGUUCUAAUUAGACUCGUAAUCUCUAAUGCCCGAUAUAGUACAGAUUUUUAUGUCUGAACCAAUUUUUAAACUGAUAACAUACUACAAAAAUUUCAAAUAUCUUGUGUCAAAUAAUUUACGAUUUAAAUAUAACUCGUAAAACACGCAAAAUUAGACAGGAGACGUCAGAUGUGAGAAUUGGAUCAAGAUUCUGCAAGAACACGCCGAGUAUUUGUUGCAUAAUCAGAAAAAGGAAGAAUUGACGACCUCUUUGUGACGUUUGUGUGCAUAUUUGUCUUCUUGGUUCAAUAGUCUUGAUUUUUUAGAUGACCUUAGCUUCGUCUUUAGUAUGCUCGUGCCAUAGUAUUUGAAGCUUUAGCUGACUAGUUUUGGGUAUUGGGUAUGCUGAAAAAUUUUGCGAUGGAAUCUAGCGAAAAAUAUAAUUCAAGCGGAAACGAAUUCUGGUAUAGAAGACGUUCAAUGACUGAGAAGACACUCAUUUUGUUGACCGCCAUUUUAAUUCUGUUCUGUAUAAUUCUAGUCUGUGUGGUCGUUUAUUUAUCAGUUACAAACACUCCUGCCGAGAAUCAAAACGUUUGUGAUACUUUAGAAUGCAUAAGAGCAGCUGCUAGAGUUGCAGACGGAAUUGACUUUUCUGUAAAUCCAUGUGGCAAUUUCUAUGAGUACGCAUGCGGAGGCUGGAUGAAGAGUCACGUGAUACCGAGUGACAGAUCUUACAUGGCUAGUUUUACAGUUUUACGCGACACAAUACAAGUGAAGUUAAAACAGCUCUUGGAAGAGGAUAUUACCAACACUGACCUGGACGCUGUUGUCAAAGCAAAAAAUCUAUACGGUUCAUGCAUGAAUACAACUGAAAUAGAAGGCGAGGGCAUAUCUGUUGCUCUACCACUUUUAAAAGAAGUCGGAGGUUGGCCAAUAUUAGGGACAAACGAGGGAGGGAAUUGGAAGGAGGAUAAUUUUUCUCUGGCCUCUCUAAUCGUCAUCAUCAACAAGUACAGCAACGUACCAUACAUUUACCCCUAUGUUUUAGCCGAUAUCAAAAAUAAAGAGCAAAGUGUUUUAUAUCUAGACAACCCUGGGUUCAUUAUGCCCGAUCGGACCCACUAUAACAAACCUAAGGAUAACCCUCUGAUGAAAGCCUAUGUGGAGCUGGGCGUCAAGGUCGCUGUGGAGUUCGGAACCAAAAGAGAAGCGGCGCAGAAGGAUAUGGAGGACAUCUUAGAUCUAGAAAUUAUCCUGGCAAAUAUAUCCACCCCUUUGGAGGGAAGGAGAGACAACGAAAAGCUCUACAAUAAAUUUACUGUGGGAGAAAUGAAGAACAAUUUGACAGAGUCAGAUGAGUUGGGCUUUACAUGGUUUGAUUACGUCCACCGUUUGUUUCAGUUAGUGAAUUUUAAAGUCCAAGAAAACGAAACAGUGAUUGUGAAGGACGUGGAAUAUAUGAGAAAUUUAAUGCAUACCUUAGAAAAAUUCCCAAAGAGGACAAUAGCAAAUUACGCUGUUUGGAGACUGAUGGUGAACCGAAUUAAGGAUCUCCCAGAUAGGUUCAGGCAGUAUCUGGGGGAAUUCUACAAGGUUCUAUAUGGAUCCACUCACAUCCGCUCCCGCUGGCGUAAGUGUGUCGGACUGAUCGUGAAUUACAUGGGGUUACCUCUCGGACGACAGUUUGUAGAGCGACACUUCGACGAAGAAGCAAAAUCCGGAAUAAGCGAUAUGACAGACUAUAUACUGACGGCAUUCGGGACCAUUCUGUCGGAGCUGGACUGGAUGGAUGAAGAGACGAUUGAUGUGGCGGAAGCAAAGGCUAAUGCCAUGAAAAGAAAAAUUGGUUAUGACGACAGCAUCUUGGAUGACAAACUCCUUAACAAAAGAUAUGAAAAUGUAACAAUACAACCAUACAACUACUUUCAAAAUAUGCUCUCGCUCUUGAAGAGGACCGUUAUUGAUGAUCUUUUAGAACUCCGCUAUAAACUUUACAGAAUGAAGUGGGAAACAGCUCCAUCUACAGUGAAUGCAUUCUACAGUGCUGAAAAGAACAGGAUAAUGUUUCCCGCUGGUAUACUACAGCCCCCUUACUACCACAAAGAUUACCCCAGAUCUCUGAAUUACGGUGGUAUUGGAACCUUAAUAGGACACGAGAUCACUCAUGGCUUCGACGACAGAGGGAGACAAUUCAAUAAGGAUGGAGAACUACAUGAAUGGUGGAGUCAGAAGUCAGUGGAUAAAUUCAAAGAUCUCACAACAUGCUUCAUUGAUCAAUAUGGGAACUUCUCUUACCCGGAAGCUGGCGGAAUGAACGUUAAUGGAAUAAUUACACUGGGUGAAAACAUUGCUGAUAACGGCGGGGUUUUACAAAGUUACAGAGGCUACAGAAAUUUCAUAUCAAACAGAGGAAGUGAAGAAGAUCCACUUCCGGGACUGAACAUGACGCAUGACCAACUAUUUUUCAUAAAUUUUGCACAGAUUAGGUGUACCCUUGCAACGAAAGAGAAUUCCAUAAACCAUCUGAUGACAGGGCCACACAGUCCGUCCCGAUUCAGAGUGACGGGUACGCUUCAGAAUCUUCCUGAAUUUUCAGCAGCAUUCCACUGUCCCAAAGGCAGCUAUAUGAAUCCUUCACACAAAUGCAGGAUCUGGUAGUUUAGAUUACUCAGUACACCAUGAAUGAAAACACAUAAGAUUUUCAAAAUAUUUAAGAAACUGUAGUCCAUAUAUUCAUUAUUAUUUAUUUUAAAAUAAACAAUUUAACUCUUCCAUUCCUUUGUUUAACUUACCCUUGUUGUGAAGACAUAUUUUAAGUGCAUGUUUAUGUAUAUUUUAAAU